CACUCCAUACUCCAUCCAGCAGGCUAUUCCUUGGCUCCCAGCCUGCCCGCCCGAGCAUGGAGCUGGUUAGGAGCGUGGCUUUCUUCGGUCUGAUGGUCCUCUCCCUGUGGACCUUCCUGCCAGUGUCCGGCAGCAACAAUGCCCUGGACUGCUGCCUGAGGACGAGCCAAGUCCCCAUCCCCCGCAAAAUCGUGCUGCACUACGAGGUGCAGCGGAUCUACGACGGCUGCCCCAUCCAUGCCGUGGUGUUUAUCACCAUGAGGGGCAAGCAGCUCUGCGCCCCUCCCCAUGCCCACUGGGUGCGGCGGCUCACCGAGAGACUGGACAGUGUGUACCAGGCCAAGAACAACCUCUGAAGCAAGUAGACCCGGAGAAGCCUGCGGCUGGCCCACUGCCCGGCGAUGGGAAAGGGGCUGAGAGAUGAUCGUGAUGCCUGCGAACUCUGCAUUCCCCUUUCAGCGUUUCCGGCUGCAGGGCAAGCAGCUUACAGCUCCUUUGGGACUGAAUCCGGUGUGACCGUACUGUACCCCCUUGGAGAUCCCCGCUUCCUGCUCUCUGCUCUCUGCCCUGCCCUGGGGAGUCUCCCUUGGCUUCUGUGAUUUGUCAAGCUGAGUGCUGCUUAGCUGGGGACUGUGCUGGGGUUGCGCCCCAGGCCUGCCAGCUGCGAAUGACACAGGGCGUGCCGGCUGGCACUGCUCUGAGCGUAAUCCGUUCCAGACCGAGGCGUUCUCACAGUGAGCUGGGCACCUCCACAGCUCCUAGGGGGUCCCUUGUGGCACCCCUGGGAAUUAGGGAGGUCUCUGUGCUCAGUGGCUUCAACUCAGCCGUGGCAGGUGGUGACUGAUGGCUGGUGCAGCCUGGCUGGCUGUGCCGUGGCCAUGAUGUGAGAUGAGUUUGGUGGAUCUCAGCUCAGCCCCUAGUGGGCAGGUGCCCCUAUUACAGAAACCACAGCUGGCACUGAAUGGCCCCCGUGUGGGCAGCAGACCAUGGACUGAAUGGGCCACAGAGACUGAACCCGUUUGUCAGCCUAGGGGGGUCCCAGCAGGGCAGGUGCAGUCACACAGGGAGGGGGCCGUGUGGGGGAGCCAAGUCCAGCUGCUGCCUACGCGGUCCUGUCCUGGGUCUCCUGGCCUGCCAAUCCGGCCCCGUUCUCCAGCCCCGCAUGCCCUGCAAUCCCUCUGAAUUUUGGCAAAUUUGGGCACAAAGCUUGUUUUUCUUUUUGCCAACCCCCACGCCGGCCAGCCUGCCCUGUGCCGCCUGCCCCCGGCAACGGCCCUGCCAGGCGCAUGGGGGAGGGCCAGGGAAGCGGGCAGAGAAGGGAGUGGGAGAGACUAGUAGCUUUUGCUGUGGGCACACACACGGGCCAUCCGAUCCCACCGGUAGCAUCCUCCACUGGCCGGGAUUAGGGAAGAGCCACCUGGGCUCUCUGGGCAACCUGGGUAAUUCCUGGCCCCGUGAAGGCCCAUGUCCAUGGGCCCUGGCAUAAAGGAGAAGCGGGUCCAUGAGCUUUAGUCUGUGCUCCCACGAAUGAUUCUGUACCAAGCCGCCAGGGCAGCACCGAGUGAGCCAGUGAGGGGAACCCCGGGUGGGUAUUUUUGCAGAACCACUUCCGGGCGGUGAGAGCAUGGUGGCUAAUGCAUGGCAGCGCUGGCCCUCGGCACUGCAUCGGGUCGGCUUGGGGGGGUCCAUUCCGUUCCUUUGAAACCACCAGGGAUUUUCCUUCCCUGAGCUCCGCAGAGCUGAGCUGGCCAGACCCAAAGGGUGAGGAGAGGAGAUGGAGAGCAGCGAAAGGCCAGGCGAGAAGCGUGUUGUUACUUGGGCUGCAGCCUUGCUCCAGUUUUUAAUUAACAAUAAAUACAUCAAUAAACUGGGGAGUGGGACCAGUCCCUGAAGCUUAGGUCAGCUUGGGGGCCGAGAUUAGCAGGAGCCGCAUGUUUGGCAGAAGGGAUGGAAAGAGGAAAGCAGUGAUCCGGAUCAGGCAGCCCAGGUCCUGGAAGCAGCGUGAGAUAAGGCCUGGGUCAGCCAGAAGAGGAGGAGACUGAGACAGCGUGAGGGGCGAAGGACGGGCUUCACCUUACCUAGCCUGCAUGGCUGUUACGGGCCAUCCCUUUGGGCACCUCCAUGGCAAAGGUUCAGACCCAUCUCCAGUGUAAACGGGGGUCAGGCCCUUUCCCUCGACCAACGCUCAUGGGUAAAAGAGCAGUGACACCUUGAGUGAAUGACAGCUUGGCAGCCCGCCGCGGCUGGGCAUUCCUUGGCAGGAACGGGUUUCUCCUUCCCAUCAGAGACUCCGGGACCCCCAGGGCUCCUCUGCUUUUCUGAAUCAGACUGAUCUUGGCCUGUGUCUAGACGCCCCCGGCUGGGUGGGAGUAACGCUGACGUCAGCAAGCUCCAUGUCAUUGCCUCGGGAUCUGUUUGCUGUGAUAAAUUACAAGGGAAUUUGCUCUUUCUCUCGCUCUCGUUCGCUCGCUCUCCC